CGUCGUCCCAAACGGGCGGGCGCCUCCUUCCCUCUGAGCCGGCCGACGACGAUCCGUCCAGAAUCCCCUGCCUCCAUCGUUCGCUCGCUUGAGAGGCCCCCCCCUGCUCAGCCAACCCUCCCUCACCGUUCGACAGCAGCAGCACCACCACCACUGGGCAUCAAUCUCUCUCACUCACUCUCUCUCGCGCAAGUGGCCCCCCUCCUCCUAGGAUCUCCCCCCCAUUGUGACCGCGAACCACAACCACCACCACGACCGCCGCCGCCGCCGCCUCUGCCUCUGCCUCCACCGCUACCUCGUAACAUUCCCUUUCCCACUCGGCUCUCGUCGUUCAUGGCCAAUUUAAUAUUCCCCGGGCGAUAAGACAUCGAGGUCACACCCGCUCGUCCCAAUAUGGCAUCACCAUCUCCCCCUCCCCCGGCUCCUGGAGGCUUCGCGGUUAGACCGCUUGCAGCACGGGCUCCUUCGACGUCGUCGUCGAUCGUGCCCGACUCUGAUACCGCCUCUGCUUCGUCUCAUGUGGCCCGAGACGUCCGCCUGCCUCACCACCACCACCACCACCACCAUCACCUUUCUCACAGUCAGGACCACCACUACCCUCAACACCACCACCACCACAGCCAGAGCCAGAGCCAGUCCUCCCUCGAGUCCUCAGCCUCGUCGUCGUCUUCCUCGUUUCCACGCCAUCGCCCUCACCACGUGUCGUCACACCACCAGAACCCCUCGACCUCCUCUGACGCCCUUCGCAAUAGUCCCGCCCAUAGUCCCCCCUCGCCCGCCGCGACUCCGUCUGCCGCUCCCGUUUCUGUUUCGGAGUCGACGUCUAUUCCACCGGGAGCCCCUCCGCCCUCCGUCGUCAGGGUCCCAAUUAAGCGGAAACCAUUGUCGUCAACGGCUUCGAUCCACUCCCUAGUCCCAUCUGCCCGCUCGUCAAACGAGUUUUCUUUCCCACUCCCCCCCUCGUACGCCGCCGGGUUACCCAAGCCCGACCAGAGGUUCGCGCGCCGUCAGUCCAUCGACAGCCCAACAUUUUACGACUUUGCGUCGUCCGCUCGGGCAUCCGUGCCUGCUGCCCAGUCUCCUCUCAAGCUGGCGACUGUUGACAGCUCCCCUCCCGACGUGGGCCGAGUUACGUCAAGAGAUCCUCAGUUGGACCCUCCGUCCGCAGAGCUGUCGGACGUUCUGUCCGAGUACGACGAUCUGAUCUCAGAGGGCUCGGACGCUCCACCGGAUGCUGCUCGAGACGGCACCCCCACCAACGCCCUCGAGGACAGCUGCGACGACAUUGAGUCGCUUUACGCCGAUAAUAUUAAUCAUAGUCCCUUCCCGCCAUCUUCCAUGUUUGCACCGAAACCGACACCGCCACAUCUCAAGCUCAACAAGGUAGAAUCUUCGGCUGCGGACCACGCCAAGCGCCAGUCCAACGAAUCACCACCAGCAUCUUCGGGUACGCCACCACUCGACACCUCACAAUACAUCAACAAGCCGUUGCCCAAGUCUCCGGGCCAAGCAUCACCCUUUGCCUCUUUGUUUGGUUGGAGCCAUCCGUCGCCAUCUGUAACUGACUUCUCAUCCGUUCCCUCUCCUUUGUCGCCCACCAGGAACGGGUCGACAAAUGACGCGCUGCGCACGAGCAAGUCUUUAUCAAACCCCAGGGCAGCCAAUGCGGCGCAAGCAAACCCCAUCAACUACUGUGAACACUACCUGUCUACGCCACCCCCGUCCAACUCCCUUUCGUCCAUUCAAGUCGAAGAGAUGGAAGAAGAGCUGAAGGCCAUCAGCUCCGAGCUGGCCGCGUCUAUCCGGCGUGAGAUGGACUUGGAGGACCUCGUCGACCGCCUUCAAGAACAAGCCAACAACCCACAAGCGCCUAGCAAGAGAACCAGCGAUUAUUUCUCAGACUCGGGCUACAGUUCAGCCAAGGCCAGCGAUUACGACCAGAGCAAAGAGGAAAUCGAAAAGAUCCAACGGAGAUCGGAGCAGGAAAAGGCGUCUAUCCGUCUCGAGCUAUCCAACAAGCUGCAAGAUGAGAGGUCCAAAAGGAAAGCCCUCGAUCAGCAGAUCAAGGACCUGGCGGAGAAGGCAUCGCAGAUGGACCUGGCCCACAUGAACAACCUCGAUGCCAGCGACCGCGUUCGGGACCUGGAAAACACAUGCGAGGACCUGCGGCGGAGGCUAUCUGAAGAACGCCAGUCCAAGACCAACUUUGAGGACCUGCUCACCGCCCUCAAGGGCGAGCUCCAGGACGCGUGCAACGAGCGCGACAAUCUCCGCGACGAGGUGGUUCCUCAGCUGCGGGCGCGCGUUGAAGGGCUCGAGUCCGAAGCCGCCGAAUAUGCCAACCUCACUUACGAGUCCACUAAAAUGCAGCAACAGCUGCAGUCUUUACAAAAAGAAAACACAUCGCUUCGGAAUUCGCAAAGCGGGCCGCCCGAGGGGUUCAGAAUGUCGGGGCUCGCUCGCUCCAAUUCGGUGGCAGCCAGCUCCUUCAGGCCCCGCGGGCCGCCUCCCUCGGCCGGCUUGUCGCGAUCGGGGAGUGUCAAGAACGUCCAGACCGAGUCUAGAGAGCAGCUCGCCGAGCGACUCAAGGACGUGGAAGCACAGAGAGACGCACUGCACAGCGCGCUCAAGAACCUGCUAGAGAGACAAGAGUUUCAGAACCGCGAGAACCAAAAGAAGAUUCGUAUCCUAGAGAUGGAGCGCCAACGACUGCUGUCCGAGAACCCCAAAAAGGCUGGAUUCGAAAAAGACAUCAAGAACCUGCGCACAGAGAUCAACGUGCUCCGACGACGGGCCGAGGAUGCACUCGAACAGAAGUGGCAGGUCGAGAAGGGUCUUGUGGGACUCAAGAUGGACCUCGAUAGGGCCGAGGCAGAGAUUGCAGAUCUUCGAAGCCUGCUCAAGGAAAAAGACAUUCUCAUCCCGCCGUCGCUUGCUCGGUCGAGCGGCUCCGAUGCGGGCAUACCCAGCGUACCCAUUACGUCUGAGUCGCUCGGGAGGGCAUACCGCGAGCUGCAGGACGCCUACAACGAUUCACUGAACCGCAUCAAGCAGCUUGAGCUGCACGGCACCGACGGCGGCACCGACGAAAAGACCAAACUCGCCAUGGACCGGCUGGAGAAGUCACUGGCUGCCGCCGUCUCAGAGCGAGAUGUCGCCAAGCAGCAGGUCUCGGCGCUCCAGGGCCAGGUGGAUGGCCUGGCGGCUGUGGAGACGCAUGCCGUCGGGCGCGAAAGGAGCCUGGCCGAGGAGCUCAGCGAGUCCGCGAGCCGGGUCGAGCAACUCGCCGCACAGGUGCGACAGCAACUGGCGAGCAACGCGCAGCUCCGGGAUCGCCUGGCCGAGACUGUGGCACGAGGAGACACAGAGCGAAAAGCGAACUCGGAACGGAUCAGCUGGCUUCAGGAGCGCCUGCACGAACUCGAGGAGCAGCUUGUCGCCGCGCAGACGACGUCGGAGGAGCGCGUCGGCCGCCACGAGGAGGAGCUUUCGCGGUUGCGCGACGCACACAGCGAGCAGCUGCGCCGCAUCGGAAGCGGAGCGGGCGUGGGCAUGACGUCUGCGCCCAAGUCGCCUCUUCUCAGGACGGCUUCGGGGCAGGCUUUUGUCCGCGCGUCGCAGGCAGUGCCGGCCAAGAGCUUCGACGAGGAAAUUCAGAUCAAAGCACUGCGCGAGCGGGUGACGGAGCUGGAGAAGGCGCUCGCGGAUGCCGAGGCCGAGAUCGAGCAGGUCGUGUUUAAGAUGAACACGGCGCAGAUUGAGGUGAUGAACCUGCAGGAGGAGCGCGAGGGAGCCAUUCGAGAGACUAAGCGUCUCCAAAAGGUGAUUGAAGCCGAACAGGCCAAGUCGUUUGAGGAACGCUUCAAGACGCUGAGCAGCGUCGUCGCCUGAAGGGGGGAUCGGACUGGUGUCUGACGGGGGUUAUGUUGACAAGCACAAAAGGGCAUCAACGGCUGCAUCCAGCGAUUGGAGUUUUGUUUUGCCUGCAUCGUUAGGGUGGUAGGCUAUCACGGGACAGACAUGGGAGUCUGGGACACGCACAAGGAAGCAGCCUCUACCAGUUUCGGGGCUCGGAGUCGGUUGAUUUGGGACACUGGGUUCGCUGAGACGGCGGACGCAUAUACGGCCUCGAGCACAUAUAUAUUGGGUGGUCGACGUGGUAGAGACGGCAAUGGGGACGACAAGCACAACAACAGCAACAACAACAACAACAGCCGCAUACCUCGCUUACUACGCGAGUAAAGUUUUGGGCGUAAUGUUUUAUAAUACUACUAUCUAGUCGCAUGGAGGAGGUUGGGGGAAACGGACCAGGGCCAUGACGGACCUGUGUAUAGUAGUUUGGUAGCUAGGAGAUGGAACAAGAUUUCCCGGGCACCGGACACGGACUCGACCAGACGUCAUGUGAGGCAGCACCAAGAGAAUGGCCCUUGGCCGAUUGUCGUGUUUAGAAACAAGGAUGA